GAUAGAUUCUGGUUGUGGUGAUUUUCUUCAGUCACUCAGUAUUUCACCGCUUUUAGUAGUAUAAUAACGCCGCUGUGCUCCGCCCGUUAUACAUAACAUGUUUUAAGUUAUACGGCUUUGUGCGUUUACAUUUUCAUAUGUGCUUAAUUUUAAAUCAUUUACAUUUUUUUGCUCAAUUAGUAGUUCCAUGUUCGAGUGGAUAUCAAAUUGAAAGAUGAAGAAUGCAAAUGAUGUGAAAAUAAAUACAUCAGAGAAAAAUGAAAUCAAACGUCAACGAUUACGUGUUGGUGAUCCAGAUUUUGAGGCACCUGACGGAGGAUGGAGUUGGAUAAUUUGUUUUGCUUGUGGAAUUGCAAAUUUAUGCUUAUAUCCGGUAUUACAACAAUUUGGUUUACUUUUUCGUGAUAAAUUUGAAGUCUCAGGCAUUACAGCAUCACAAACAUCAACAAUUAUUAAUACGAAUACAGGUCUAACAUCUUUAAUGGGAUUAAUGAAUGGAGCAUUAUUUCGAGCUUUUACAUAUCGUAAAGUGUCGUUGUUUGGAUCAAUUAUAUGCUUUUUAUCCAUUGUAUUGUUAACAUUUUCGGAUUCAUUUGGUGAAUAUAUUGUUGUAUAUUCAAUACUUUAUGGUGUUGGAAUGGGUUUUACGUUACCAGCAAAUGCUUUAGCAUUAAAUACAUAUUUUGAUAAAAAACGACGUAUUGCUACUGGAUUUUCAUGGACAGCUACAGCUUUAGGACCUGUUAUAAUGCCACAUCUAAUAUCGUUUCUGUUAAAUCAGUAUGGAGUUCAGGGUUCAGUUCUACUAUUUGCUGGUCUUUCUGCCAAUGCAAUUGUUUGUGCAUGCUUGCUACAUCCGGUACAUUGGCAUACAAAGUUUCGAGAUGAGUUAAAACCAGAAAAUACCAAUUGUGUCACGUUAGUGAUCGAAGACACAGACAAAAAAAUUGAUUUUUACAUACCGACACCCGGUACAAAAAUGCAUAAAAGUGCCAGCUUUAUAUCAGCCCAAUACAUAUUCAACGAAAAUGACGCCGAAACACCAGGCUAUGAAAUUAUUGACCCUGGUACACCAAUGUUAUGUAGCGGUAAUGAUGGCUUAUUUACACCAAAACGUUCUCUAUAUGGUUCCAAACAAUCAUUAGCGUCUCAAUCAAAACGUUACAACACAAAUUAUUUUGACAUUGAUUCAAAACGUGCUUCCACCCAAAAUUUGUCAAUAUCUAGAAAUAUGUCAGCGAAUAAUAUUCUAACAACAUACACCAAGGGUUUACCAUAUUCAGAAUCGAAAAAAGAAUCAAUGCGUAAGCGAAAACGUUCUACAUCAAAAAAUCCAAAAAUUGAAGAAAAUGCUGAUGAAGAACUUUCUGCACUUCAACAAAAUGGUACAGAACAACCGAAAACCGAUAAUGGUGAAGUGUUAAAAGAAGCAUGUGCUAAACUUGAAGAAUUAUUAUCGAAGCAAGAAAAUGGUGAAAAUGAGAGUUUAUUAAAGAAAAACGGUGACACUAACAAUCAUAAACUGAUCGAAAAUGAACCAGAAAAGGAGGAAGAAGAAAAACCAACAACAUUUUGGCAAAAAAUUGUAAUAUUUUUUGAUUUGGAUUUAUUGAAUGAUCCUAUUUAUGUUAAUAUUAUGGUUGGAAUUACUUUAGUAUGGUUUGCUGAAUUAAAUUUUUCAAUUUUAACACCAUUCGUGUUAAAAGACUUUAAUUUUAAUAAAUCAGAAACGGCAAACUUUAUGUCUGUUGUGGCAACCGUUGAUAUUAUCGUAAGAUUUUUAAUUCCAUUUGCAUCAGCUAAAGUUAGUUGGGAUAAUCGAACAUUCUUUAUGAUUGGAAUAAUGAGUAUGGCUACAGGUCGAAUAUUUUUAAUCGCAACUAAAUCAUAUUUAAUAUCUCUACCAAUUGCUGCGUUAAUUGGUUUUGGAAAAGGACUUCGAACAAUUUUUAUGGCGUUAGCGAUACCUUCACAUGUACCAUUAACUCGAUUACCAGCUGCGACUGGACUACAAUUAUUAGCUGGUGGAUGUAUGUCGUUAAUAUUAGGACCGGUUGUUGGAUGGAUUCGUGACUCAACCGAAGACUAUACUUUAACAUUACAUUUAAUAAACGUUUUUGUUUUUGCCACGACAGCAUCGUGGACAAUAGAAAAGUUAAUAAUGCGUCAUAGAAAUAAAAAAGAAAAAUUAAAAGCAGAUCUAGCAAAAGGUGGUAUUGUAAUUAAAUCAUGACAUUUCAUUUUAAUUAGGUCUCAUAUAUUAAUUUCAUUUUUUUCUUCA